AUGGCGGUGUCCUCUCCCCCUGUGACCCACAUCAGGCGUGGUAGGGGCCACAUCAGGCGUGGCAGGGAUCGCAUCGGGCGUGGCAGAGAGCGCAUCAGGCGUGGCAGGGAGCGCAUCAGGCGUGGCAGGGACCGCAUCAGGCGUGGCAAGGACCGCAUCAGGCGUGGCAAGGACCGCAUCGGGCGUGGCAAGGACCGCAUCGGGCGUGGCAAGGACCGCAUCGGGCGUGGCAAGGACCGCAUCAGGCGUGGCAAGGACCGUAUCAGGCGUGGCAGGGGAAAGAAACACGCCACCACACCUCCACUUACAUCCACACAUCCACCUACAUCGACCUCUGUCACUCCUUCUCCAUCACUCAUUCCUGUCUUGUCAUCUAUUGGAUCGGUGUGUGCUGUGGUUCUGCUGGUAUUAGUGGUUCUGGUGGUGAAACAAUGGGUAUGUGGAAAACCCAAAGCUGACCGGGCAGAAGUUAGAGAAGAUGACAUCACAGAUGAUGUGACAUACAGCGAAAUCACAAUCUCAAAUUGUCAACAGCAGCCAGUCAGACAGAGCCCAGAGAGCGACCCAGCUGCAGUCUACUCUACAGUGAGGAGGGACAACAUCACAUAUGGACAAAUCAUCAUCAAAGACAAGAAAACAAAAUCCAAGAUAAGAGAGAGUGAUCCAGCUGCAAUCUACUCAGAAGUGAGAACCACUUAUCAACAGAUGGGCUUCAGAGCAAACAGACCCACAGAUUUUCUGGAGCCAGAGGUCAUUUACUCCAACCUGAAGUAAUCAACCAGUCCAACCAGUGGAGCCCAGCUGCUCUUCUCGUGUCGUUCUCUGGGUUUCAUGAAGAUGUCUGAUGGAAAAUUUGAAUUGCCGUGGCUAACUGAAAAACAUCUGUCUUCAGUUCAGACAGGAAACAAACAAAUGAACUGAAACCACAGACUAUAAACAGCAUGAGCAUCGCUACAUUGUGUGGGUUACUCCAAAACCAAGCAGCAAUUUACACAUCAGCUUUUUCAGAAACUUAACAAACUGUAUUAUUAUUAUUUUUAUUUCAACCAUUGAAAAGCAUUCUGUGGUUACAAAUCGCAAACUGUGAAAAAAAGAAAACAUUUCUUCAUGUUUGAUCGAACCAACAAAUCCCAGCCCAAAAUAUUAAAAUUCAGCUCAGUUAAUUCAGUUUUAUUUGUAUACCAAAAAAAAAAAAAAAAAAUCACAGCAACAGCCACCCAAGAACACCUUCCCUGAUCCAGUUGAUCGUGGGAAGUGUCAGUAACUUUCAUAAUAAGAGCAUGGAAAUCAUAAAGCAAUCAUAAAACCACACUUAAGCAUGCUUCCAUGGAAUGACAUGUAUUUUAAAUGUGAGACAUGGUGAUAGAGAACAUAGAAAAAAUCAUAGUGAUGAAGUGUUCUGCUUUAUGAAGGCCUUCAGAGUCUGCUGCUAUCUACUGGUAAUACUGGGUAUUAGUAAAUGACAACAAGAAAAAACCUGUAAACUAUUUAAUGUCUGAAAUGUUAAGAUCAGAUUAUAAUUAGUUAUUCAAACUUUUUUUCACCAUUAAUGACAUUUCACUGAGCGUUAAAUUGUUUUUAUUGUUCAUGAAGGAUUACCUGAGUGAAGAUGAAACAUACAAACUCGUGUACAUUUUUCUGUAUCUCUCCCACAUGUGAUGAAUGUCAGUUACUGGGUGAAUAUGAACAUUGUUAUCUUUGUUUAAAUGUGACAAUUUUUAUUGGAUGUUUUUGACUUUUUUUUUUUGUGUAACGUUGAUAUAAAGUUCAGAAAAUAU